AUGGCUGGCCGACAACGGGUACGCAGCAGCGCGCGGCUUAGCGGAUCGAUGGGUGUCACCGCAGUGACUUCAUCUGGUACCGUUGAAGAUGAACGCUUAGCUGCGGCUCGUACGGCGGCGGCUCUGUUGCGUAGGGCAAGAGCGGCUCAAGCUGCUGAACGCGCUCGGGAAGUGGAAGACAGUCCACUGGUGCUCCGUGAAAAGUGCCGACAGCUUGCGAAGGCCCUGCAAGAAGCUAAGCAUCUAGUGGUGUACACGGGGGCCGGCAUCAGCACGGCCGCCGACAUCCCCGACUACCGCGGGCCGAGCGGCGUCUGGACGCGGCUGCGGCGUGGCGAGUCCGUGGCGCGGGUGGACGUGGCUCGCGCUCAGCCCACGUUCACGCACAUGGCGCUGACGGCGCUGUGGCGUCGCGGCUUGUUAAAGUUCGUCGUCUCGCAGAACUGCGACGGCCUGCACCUGCGCGCCGGUCUCCCGCGCCGCGCGCUGGCCGAGUUGCACGGUGACAUGUUCGCCGAGCGCUGUCCCGCCUGCCGCCGCGUUUAUCUGCGCGCCUUCGACACCACCGAGAGGACCGCUCGUCACGCGCACUCGACCCGCCGCCUCUGCCACCGCUGCGGCCGCGAGCUGCGAGACACCAUUGUGCACUUCGGCGAGCGCGGCCGCGCCGCCUGGCCGCUCAACUGGGCCGGCGCUUUACGGCACGCCAACGCCGCCGACGUCGUGCUGUGCCUCGGCUCCAGCCUAAAGGUGCUGCGUCGCUACCCGCGCCUCUGGCGGAUGCACCGCGCGCCUAACGCCCGUCCCGCGCUCUACAUCGUCAACCUGCAGUGGACGCCCAAGGACUCGGCGGCGGCGCUCAAGAUAAACGCGCGGUGCGACGCCGUCAUGGCCGCCGUCGCGCGCCGGCUGCGACUGAACGUGCCGCUCUACGACUCCCGCGCCGACCCGCUGCUGGCGCACGCCGAACCGCUCGCGCCGCCCGAGUCGCACACCACGCGCCGUCCGCCGCUGACGCCUCCCCCGCCGCCGCUCCGCCGCCAUUACUCUCCGUCGCCUCCGUCGUCGGCCGCCGAUUCGGACGAAGAGCUGCCGCUGUGCAAGCUGGCGAGUCGGCUGCGAGGCGCCCGCUCGCCCGCCUUGCGCUCGUUCCGGGUGACUCUCCGCUCGGGCGACGCGACCAUCCUGCUGCGCUCGGAACACGCGCCCGCCGAGCCGCCGCCCCCGGAGCCGCCUCCGUCGCGCCGCGAGCUCGGACUCCGCGUCGGAGGGGACGACGGCGACGAACUCGAUUCGAAGCUGCGGGAUCUCCUCUUUGAGCCCAAAGCGGAGUGGGACGUGGCGGCGGCGGCCUUCAUCGAGCGCGCGAUGCUCGUAUGCCGCGCGCGCCUUUACCCCGGCCUACACACUAUCAUCGCGCCGUCAUCGCCCGCGCCGCCGCCGCCGACUGCCGAGUGCGACUGGUGCGCGCGCCGUUACGCGGCUCGACGCUGCCUGUGGUACGGGCCGCCGCGGCUGACGCCCCCGGAGCGGCGCGCGUGGCGACGCGACCGCGGCGAGCGCUUCCUGUGCGCGUGCUGCGGCGAGGACGGCGGCGCGGCGAGCGCGACCGACGCGGACGGCGGCGGCUGGUACGGAAAGGGCUACCGCAAGGGCCGGCGGCGGCGUCGGUAGCGACCGCCAUGGUCGCGGCCGCGCCGAAGCCGCGACAAGUCUUCGAGCUAAAAUUUUCCGAGGAUUAUCGAAUGACACGAGAAUGAAGAUAAUUUUGUGUAUUUUUCUAUUUUGAGUGAGUGAUGUUUUAUGGAUAAUUAUUUGACGAAGAAAUGAGGAAAGAUACUCAUUUUCGAUUUGCAUCUGAUUUUUGUAAUGCGAGUAUUCAACUUGUGACAGCCUAACACACGAGAACAAAAUAUUAUUAAGGAAUAAAUAAAGACGACAGAAGGUUUUA